CUCGAUUCGGCGCUUAUUCCCCCUUGCCCAUGUACCGCUUGCAAAUGCGACGUUCCUGGGUCCCGGUUUCAACCCUCUGUUCUCGCGCUGCUACUGCAAGGUACUAUGCAACUGGGACCAUGUCGACAGUGCAUCGAGGAACAGCGUUCGAAGAGCGUUCUUUAGCGUUACUUCGAGACCAGUUUUCGAUGACAUUGACUCGGGUUGGUGGACGGGACGACGGCGGAAUCGACCUCAUUGGAUGGUGGUGGCUACCCUCCAUCAAAGGCAGUUCAGGGUCAGAAGCAACUGCCCUGCAAACCGCAACAGGGGAGCAACGUAGGCGGAUUAGGGUCGUGGCACAGUGCAAAGCGGAGAAGAAGAAAAUGGGCCCCAACUAUGUCCGAGAACUCGAGGGCGUGGUUUAUCGUCUUCGCCACGGGGAUACGAACCUCUUUUCGGUGGAUCCGAAGGUCCAGGCGGAAGGAGCGGAAACUCUCCCGGUGGCCCUCUUAAUCUCCCAGUCACCAUUCACGAAAUCCACCAUUCUUCGGGCUCAUUCCUCCCCGAUACCCUUUUUCUUGCUACAUCUUCCUCCAGAAGCGCCCAGCAGCCCCAGCAGCCAAGAACCAGCUAGCGGUGUCACAUCUCCGACCAAAGACGAAACUAUCGGCGCAGCCGUAUGGAAUCCAGCGCUGGCCGGCAGUUCAGGUCUCCUCCAAGGCCAGAUGGAAGUACGGUGGGAAAGGAACUCGACGACCGGAAGUUCACAACCGAGAUUAUGGUGGCAGGGGAACACGCUGAAGAAUUGGACCCCCGCGGGGCCCACUGUCAGCAAUACAUGAUGUUCCUCGUUUCAGGCAGCGAACCUCUCGUCGGAUGAUCACUAC